UUCUUGUUAAAGGUAUAGGUGGAGUCAAAGUUUUGUGCACAAGGUGUGUGCUUUGUAUUUGUAAAGGCAGAUUGAAAGCUUUUCUAUAUUUGGAAUAUAUUACAGCUGUGAACAAUACAACAUUUAUAUAAGAGUAAGAUAUAGAGGGAUUGCACAAAAGAUUCCAAUUUGGUCUUAACUUGAGAUAUAUUUCAUUAAAAGAUCGUAAAACAAGACCUAGAACAGAUUACCAAAUCAUUCAUUCAAGACUUACAUCUGUAUUGAAAAUAUAAAAGGACCACACACACACAUUUUGGGAUAUAUUACAACACGCAAAUUACAUAUUCCGUAAUCUAAGGAGCACGCGAGUGAGUCCAUGAUGACGCAAGAAAAGAAGGAAGGAUCAAAGUUGUCUCUCAACCUCCGGAAGAUGAAGUUCAUGCAGAGAUGCCUAGGGGAGGAGGCGAAGCGGGAACUCGAGGAAAGUGAGAACCGAGGAGUUACCAGCGAGCAUUGGGAGCUUGAUUUACCCAACAUUGAAGCCAAACCUUGCAAGUAUUUGAUACUAGACAGUUAUAACUUAUGCGAUAACUUUAGAUAUGGGAGACUCUCAUACGGUGGGUAUAAUAAAGUGAUUGAGAAGUUAAUGGAAGAAUUUACGAAGAAAGAUGUAGAAGUUGAAAGUGAUGUUUCAAUCUCUGACGAAGAAAUGACGGAAAGAUUUAACUCUCUUGUAGGAAAUGUCGCAAAAAGAUUUACGAAAACGAAACCCAGAAAUAAAAAAUCUCGAAAGUUAGAAGACAAUGUUACAAAUGUUAAGAAAAAAGUUCCAAAACUUGAUAAUAAAGGAUUUAUGAAACCAGAACUGGAUUAAUAGUUUAGUUUUAAGUUAUUUUAUUAAAUGUGCCAUUAACACUCAAUAUUAAAGUUGUAAUUUAAUUUCUGGGAGGAAAAAUAUCUUCUAUUAUUAUUUUUUUGGAUUCUGUUUUUGGCGAAAAUGUUUGGUAAUAUCCAAUAUCUGUUACCAACUGUAAAUAAACUUGUUGUUCAAAUUAAAAAGCUCAAAUUUUCCAGGAUAUUAUUCACAAUUUGCUUGACAAUGCUUUAGCAUUUAAGUAGGGUUGAUAUUAUUACGUGGCGCAAAAGUAUGCAAAUAUUGUCGUGCACCAAAUCUGGUUCAAUCAUAUCAUAUUCACAAGAACUCCAUAAUAAUAAUAGAAUCCUAUUUAACAAAAUUGUUUUGUACAACAGUAAACAUGAACCUCAAAUUUUCACAGCUGGUUUCAAUACAAAACGGGAAGUUGUAUUACUUCCGAGCUUCCUGUUUAUCAUGUAACAAAUGACAACGUGUUCUAUAAUACACCAUUACACUAAAAUUCUUUAACGA